UUCAGCUGGCUGUUGUCUCGUGGUCCACCGGUGUGAGAAAAACUGUGCUCUAUACACUUAAAAUAAUUCAAUAAAUAAAUUAAUAAGUAGUUAUAAAAAAUAAAUAAAUUUAAACAAUGGACUCUUUGCAAACUGGGGCAUUGUCUGGCGCAGAACGCGAUGAACUUAUGCAGCAGGUUAAGCAGGAAAUAGCCGUAGCAAAUGCCCAAGAAUUACUCACGAAAAUAACGGAGAAGUGCUUCAAAAAAUGUAUCGUCAAGCCUGGCACCUCUUUGGAUAGUUCAGAGCAGAAAUGUGUCGCGAUGUGCAUGGAUCGUUACAUGGAUGCAUUCAAUGUCGUAUCGAAAGCUUACAGCAAUCGAUUGCAAAGAGAACGUAAUAGAUUGUAAAUAAAUUUAUGUAUUUAUGUGUUGAAACAUAAAUAUGACAGUGGAAGUAGCAGACAACUGGAAAUUUUUAAAUAUUAACAGAAAAUAAUUUUAAAAAAUUACAAAUUAUAAUUCUGCGUGAAUUUUUUAAAAUUAUUUUUAAUUUUUUGUUGAAUACCGAAAUUUAAAUGUUUGCUACUUUCAGUGUC